AUGGCUUUAGUCUUUAGAGUAGCGAUGCAGCUCGUUGGACUUUCGUUAUCUUUGCUGGGAUGGGUUUUGUCCAUUAUUACAACUUACCUGCCACAUUGGAAAAACCUCAAUCUGGACUUAAACGAGAUGGAGAACUGGACCAUAAUUGUUUUCUUAACCAACCGCCUUGGCUGAUAUUUCAAGUUAAUAAUGUCCCCAGGCACACUCUUCUCUUGGCCUCCUCACCACAAAUUACAGAUAGGAUCCCCUAAACGCGAGAGCUGCCAAAUAGUUUCUAGUAAAUGUUAG